CAUCACGUCCACUUCCUCCCAUCCUUAACGUGGGCUCCAUCGAUUGACAAACUUCAUCCCUCCCCCCUUCCACUCCUUCCUCUAUAUAUAUAUAUAUAUAUAUGUAUAUAUUCUCUAGGAAUUACAUAUUACAUUACAUUAAUAUCACCACCGCCGCUGCAGCAGCUGUCACUAAAAAUGGCCGCCACACCUAAUCGCCGCCUCUUCACGACGACGGUGUUGCCGUGGCGAGGCCUUUACAAGCUCUAUUUCCUUCUCUUCGUCUCCGCUCUGUUGUCUCUCUUUUAUUACCGGUUCACCCACAUCCCCACCACCCACAUCCCACUCUGGCUCCUCAUCACCGCCGCCGACUUCUGGUUCGCCGUCGUCUGGCUUUUCCAACAGGGCUUCCGAUGGGCUCCCACCUUCCACCACACCCACAGGGACCGCCUUCCUGCCGACGUCCCGGCCGUCGACGUCUUUGUCUGCACUGCCGACCCUGUUCGAGAGCCGCCGACGAUCGUCGUCAAUACUCUGCUGUCCAUGAUGGCCUAUGAGUAUCCAGUCGAGAAGCUGGCCUUCUACCUCUCGGAUGAUGGAGGAUCGGAGCUGACAUUCUACGCCGCCGUCUUGGCGGCAGAGUUCGCACGAGAUUGGCUGCCGUUCUGUCGGAAGUUCCAAGUUGAGCCAAGGUCGCCGCGAGUCUACUUCUCCAUGGACAUGCCACUUGAGCUUGGUGACAAUGACGGUUUUAGGAGAGAAUACUCUGAAGUCAAGCGGAAGUUCGAUGAUAUGAGCGAUGGGAUAGAGAAUGCUGCGAGGUCAGGAAGCGUGCCGGCAGAGGCGAAGGCGAAACACAAGGGGCUCAGAGAGUGGGACUUGGCGAGGAACCCUCGAGACCAUCAAACCAUACUAGAGAUUCUGUUGAAAGGGAAUGGCGAGGACUUAGACGCAAGCGGCAGCCCCAUGCCAACCCUGGUUUACCUCUCCAGGGAGAAGAGACCAGGAGUCCAUCACCAUUACAAAGCUGGUGCACUGAAUGCCUUGAACCGGGUGUCGUCCAUCAUAAGCAAUGCUCCUUUGGUACUCAAUGUCGACUGCGACAUGUACUCAAACAACUCCGAAUCUCUCCUCCAUGCCAUCUGCUUCUUCCUGGACCCUGAGAAAGGCAACAAAAUUGGCUACGUUCAGUUCCCACAGAGCUUCAAUGGCAUCACCACCAACGACCUGUAUGCUAACGGCGUCAAACGAAUCUAUGAGAUAGAAUUCUUUGGCACCAAUGCUCACAACGGUCCAAUGUAUGCUGGAACUGGCUCAGUCCAUCGUCGCGUUUCAUUAAAUGGGAAGCUCUACUCACCUGACUUUCAAGCUGAUUGGGCCAGUUGUUCAGGUAAUAAAAUUCAUCCUGAUGAGUGGAGUACAUUAGAGGAGAAGGCAAAAGCUCUUGCAAGCGCUGACUUUGAGAAGGGUACCGAAUGGGGAAAGAAGAUGGGGUUGAUGUAUGGGUGCGCGGUGGAGGACGUGUUCACAGGCAUAGUGCUGCAUUCGAGGGGAUGGCAGUCAGUAUUCUGCAGUCCGGAGGACAGGAACGCCUACCUGGGCCUCGCCCCCGUCAACACCAACGACACCCUCAUCCAGCACAAGCGCUGGUCCACCGGCCUGCUCGAGAUCUUCCUCUCCGACUACUGCCCAUGGACCCACGGCCCCCGCCGCCUCAAGCUCGGCCAGAUUAUGUGCUACAGCUUCUACACUCUCUGGGCCCUCUGGGGCCUCCCCAUGCUCUGCUACGCCAUCUUACCUUCUCUCUGCAUCUUGAAAGACAUACCCUUGUUCCCCAAGGCAUCCGAUCCAUGGUUCAAGGUGUUUGCUUUCUUGGGCAUGGGAUCCCACGUAUUCAGCCUUGUUGAGCUCAUAUGGGCAAAGGGAACCUUCAAGAUGUGGUGGAACGAGACCAGGAUGUGGAUGUUCAAGGGCUCCUCUUCCUACCUCUUCUCUGUCAUCGUCAUCAUCUUGAAGUUGCUUGGUGUCUCAGAGUCUGGUUUCGAAAUCACCAGCAAGGUCAUCGAUGAGGAAGCAUCAAAGAGAUACGAGCAAGAGAUCAUGGAGUUCGCAGUGCCCUCGCCAAUGUUCAUACCCCCAACAACCCUAGCGUUGCUCAAUCUCUACUGCUUCAUCCGGGGAUUCACUGUGGUCCUAAGUGAAGGGCUGGGAGCCCUUGAUCGCCUUGCCCUACAAAUAGUCAUCUCUGGCUAUAUAAGCGUUAUAAGCAUUCCAGUUUUUGAAGCACAGUUCAUCCGGAAGGAUAAGGGCCGCAUGCCAACAUCAAUCACAGUUCGCUCUUUAUGCCUCGCCUUGGCUUUGGUCUAUGUUUUCUCCCUCUGGAUAUGAUGAUUGGGACGACGGGGAAUGUUCUAACAAUGAUUCAGCUUUUUUGAUAGCAUGCCUAAGGUAGUAGAGAAUGUUUUGGGCGUGCAUCUUAAAAGUACCUGCUUGUACACGAGUAAC